GUUCCGCGUACUUUCAAUUUACUCGAAGAUGUGUUAAACAAGCAGUACAUUAAUUCAAUCAUACAUUUAUGGACUUCGAUUUUUUUAAAUUAAGUUUUGAAACAUAUUUUAGUCAAACGAAGGCGUGUUUUGGUGUACUUUUAAGAAUAGUGUCACCUUGAAUUCUACCGGCCAGGAAUGAAUGAACGUCAUCACCAGAAGCUAACGUUGACUGUAAAGUGGCGAGCUGUGUGCCGAUUCAUAAGUAAUUAUUGCAGUUUACUAUUAUAUAGUUCUCGUAAUUGUUUAGUGUCACAUGUGGCGUUGAGACUUUAGCUUUUAUCCAUGUGUCGAGACUGUUUCGAGCGCAACGUUAUCUAUUUACUCUUCAUAUUUUAAAAUGGGAGUCGUGCUGCGGAAUCUCCAGAAAAUAGUUCCUAUUCGCCGCGCGAGACUGCGCAGGGAUGUUAAUACCCUGAGACACAUUCUCGGUAUUCAGAAAUUCGAUUUAGGUGUUAUUUGCGUGGACAAUCGCAGAAUUCAGCAAAUUAAUCACAUUUACAGAAAGAAGAACAUGCCUACAGACGUCCUCUCAUUUCCCUUCUACGAGGAUCUGCGACCGGGGAAGCUUCCUUGCACACUCCACAGAGAUGAGCUGAACCUCGGAGACAUCUUUCUUGGCGUUGAGUUUGUGAUGAAGAGAUGUCAGGAGGAAUCAGUGGAUCUUCACGAUGCUCUAACUAUCGUCACUGCACAUGGGAUCUGUCACCUGUUGGGCUACAGACAUGAGACAGAGGAAGAAUGGACUGAGAUGUUGCAGAAGGAAAGCUACAUUUCAAGCGAGUACAGCAGACUCACAGGCCGCCAGCUGGAACCCCUGAUGAGAAGACACGAAGACGGUUGACAGUGACCACAGUCCAACAUCUUCACUAUAUUUCUGCGUUUUAUUGUUCUCUCAAAUUUUGGAUCAUUGCCUUAUUCCCACAGGAUUAUAUGUACUCUGAGGGCCUGGACUAACAGCAUUCACACUGGACACAAUCGUACAAUGUAAAAAUCAAACCAAAAAUGUGUUUUGUCAAUAUUUUAUUAAAAAUCUGCUUAAAGAA